AUGGACGUCGAGAUGUUAGAAGCCCGAUCGGACUCCAAGUCCUCACAGGUCCAUCGUCACAUGAUGGAGGGCAACCGCGACGAGAUGACCCUGGCUCGUCUGGGGAAGAAGCAGGUGCUCAAGCGCAACUUUGGAUUCUUGUCCAUGAUUAGCUUCAGCUGCACCGUCCUGGUAACAUGGGAAGGUGUCCUGGUUCUCUUCGCUACAGGCUUCAUCAACGGUGGCACGGCAGGCCUCGUCUGGCAGUUCAUCCUCGUCUGGGGCGGCACCCUGAGCACCUUUGUGACCAUCGGCGAGCUGGCCUCCAUGGCUCCCACCGCGGGAGGGCAAUACCACUGGGUCAGCAUGCUGGCGCCCAGGUCCAACAGAAACUUCCUCAGCUACAUCACGGGGUGGAUGACGGUGCUCGCGUGGGUGGCCACCAUCGCCACCGGCGCCUUCCUGUCGGCCAGCAUGAUCCAGUCGCUCUGUCUGAUCAACUGGCCCGACUACGCCAGCGUGUACGCUGGCUGGCAGGGCACGCUCAUUUCUUGGGCCGUCGUCCUGGUCUGCGUCUUCUUCAACACCGUGGUCGGUAGCUUGCUGCCAAAAGUGGAGGGCAGCUUCAUGAUGCUGCACGUCCUGGGCUUCUUCGCCAUCCUGAUUCCGUUGGUCUACUAUGCUCCGAAGGCGACCGCCGCCGAGGUCUUUAGCUCCGCGACUAGCUAUCAGAACGCUGGAAUGUGGCCCACCUAUAGCAUAUCGUUCAUGGUUGGUACGCUUGGUGCGGCAUUCUCGUUCGUGGGAGCAGAUGCCGCAGUUCACAUGUCGGAAGAGAUCUCCAACGCCGCCGUUAACGUGCCUCGCUCCAUCGUGCUCAGCAUUGUCAUCAACGGCUCGCUGGGCUUCGGCAUGCUUCUGGCCAUCAUCUUCUGCCUUGGCGACCCACAAGCCGCGCUCGAAGCUCAGACGACCAUCGGCUUCCCCUUCAUUGAGGUCUUCUGGUCCGCCACGCAAUCCCUCGGUGGCGCGACGGGCAUGACGUCUAUUGUCAUUGCACUCGCCUUCUCCUGCACCAUCGGUUUUAUGGCUACUGCCUCCCGCAUAAUAUGGUCAUUCGCGCGUGACCGCGGCCUGCCCUUUUCCAAGAUCCUUUGCCACAUCUCACCAAAAACCACAAUUCCCACAUACGCCGUCAUAGUCGCCGCUACCAUCCCGUGCCUGAUCGUCCUGAUCAACAUCGGCUCCACCGUCGUCUUCAACGGAGUCACCUCCCUCGCCCUCGUCGGCUUCUACAGCACGUACUUCAUCUGCUGCGCCCUCCUUCUGUACCGACGCCUGGCAAACAACAUCCGCAUGCCCGACCCCUCGGCGCCCGCAACCGCCGCGUACAAGGACCCACAAACUGACGAGUAUGUCCUCAUCUGGGGCCCAUGGCACGUCAAGGGCGCGCUUGGUGUCGCCAACAACAUCCUGUCGUGCUGCUACUUGAUCCUCAUCUGGGUUUUUGGCUUCUUCCCGCCGACCAUCCCGGUCACGGCGGCCAGCAUGAACUGGAGUAGUUUAGUCUUUGGGGGCACGGCCUUGUUCGCUGUGUUCUACUACAUCGUGUGGGGGAGGAGGCAAUACCGCGGCCCGCUGAUCGAGAUCAGCUUGUAA